UUCAACAGCAGCUCAUAGUGUGGCAGAAACAAUGGAGUUUUGGGAGUUUGCUGGGAUCACCCUGCUUCUGUUGGUUUCUGCACCCCCCACAUUCUCUCAGAAUACAACUUCUACCUCUCCGACAUGUGGUUCUCCAUUGGUUUCGAGUAGGAUAGUGGGAGGUACUGAUGCCACCAAUGGAGCAUGGCCUUGGCAGAUCAGUCUACGCUACAGAGGGUCCCAUAUCUGUGGGGGGUCUCUGAUCUCCAACCAGUGGGUCCUGACAGCCGCCCACUGCUUUCAAUAUUCUAGGUCUCCAGCGGACUAUCAGGUUCGGCUUGGCGCAUACCAGCUAUCAAUCACAACUUCUAAUGAAAUCAUAUCCAAUGUAGACAGUGUUCUUGUCAACCCAUUGUUCACUAGCCCAGGAGGCCCAGGAGAUAUCACUCUACUGAAGCUAACAAGCCCCAUCGCCUAUACCGAGUACAUCCUUCCAGUGUGUGUGCCUUCAACAUCCCAGAGCUUUUAUGAAGGCAUGCAAUGCUCGGUCACCGGAUGGGGCAAUAUUGGCUCUGCAGUGAGUCUUUCAUAUCCACAGACCCUCCAACAGGUGAUGACGCCACUGAUAAGUUGGAACACUUGUGACCAGAUGUAUCAUGUUGGAACUGCGAUCAGUUCCAGUGUUGCCAUAGUUCCAACAGACCAGAUCUGUGCUGGAUAUGCCGCUGGCCAGAAGGACUCCUGUCAGGGAGACUCUGGGGGACCCCUUGUUUGUGAUAUACAAGGAGUUUGGUAUCAAGUCGGAAUUGUGAGUUGGGGAGACGGAUGUGCUGUUGCAAACCGACCCGGCGUUUAUACCCUGGUGCCCGCUUUCCGUUCAUGGCUCUCCUCAUACAACGCAACCACAGAUAAUUCAUACGCAUCAAGUUAUGCCCACAAGUCCCACUCACCUGCUCUACACAUACACACAAUUCUCGUUGGGAUAUGUCUGCUCCUGUACAGCUGGAUUGUGGUGGAGACAAAGGACUAAAUUAAUUUAAUUAAAAUGAUUUUUAUGCAAUUUUAGUUUAGUUUUUCUAAUUAAUAAACCUAAUGUGAACCAAUAAA